CUUUUACGCGAUAGGUACUUAAUUGAAUUACAACACAAUAAUAUUGUAUAGUCGUUACCAAUCCUUUGAAAGAAGCAGUCAAGUAUAUUGAAGAUGACAAAAAUAUUUUUAAUCCUUAGUUUCCUUAUUAGCGGUGUGUUGCUGUAUGAUACACGCAUAUGCAGAACCGUGAGAACAAGGAUUCUUAACGAAGGGGACCAUUUCGAGCCGCAUCGCUGCUUCUUCUGCGAAUGCCAGAAUCAGACCCUCAGCUGCAAGCACCAGGAUCCAGACGUCGUUUGCACUGAGCCGCCUUGCGAUCCUGCAGUACAGAUAUCCGCUUCGGAUAGGUGUUGCAAGAUUUGCCCUGGCGUAGGAGCUCGCUGUAGGUUCAACGGGAUACCGAUUGAGGACGGAGAAAGCUUCCAACUAGAUCCUUGUGGUACAUGCAACUGCCACGAUGGAAAGUUAACUUGCUCCGAAAAGUGCCCGAGUGAAUAGGAUAUAUUAUAAGAGUGGAUAUAUUAAAUACAAUUAAGUACA